UUCUCGAAACGUUACAGCUUUCAUUCAUAGUAUGAAUAAUUCACAUCGCGUUAGAACUCCUUCUGAAACAGACGUGUUCUAACAAGCUGCUCGUUAUUCAAACUUGUUAUUUCGUCGAAGAAAGGUGGCAAGAGAUGAUGAAAAAAAUGAAAAAUGUCCUCCCAAAAAAAAUCAGAGAUAUGCUUUCACAAAUCCAAAUCCCAACAUUCAUCGCGUUUCUAUCGUAUGCUUUUGUUCUAUGCACAUACAUUUUGAGUGUUAGUAACAGAGCUUGGUUGACUUAUCCUCAAAAUAAAACAUAUUUGGUUUCCACCCUUGGUGUUUGGGAAGUAUGUUGGCAUUUAGAGCGACCUUGCGAAGACACAGUACAAGCCGUUCAAUUUCAUUUACAAGACAGCGCCGAUACAAUCCCUCACUGGGUGUUCUUGGUCCGGCUGCUCACCGUUAUCGCAACCUUACUUGCAGGUUUUGGUGUAGUGGUGUCCUUUAAAAUUUGCAUCGACUGCAGUCGUGUGAUCUAUCAAGGCGCCAGUUUUGUUGCUAUAAGCAACAUCUCCAUGGCAGCUGGAAUGUUUUAUUUCACGUAUAAUAUAAAAAAAGUAUUACCGAAUCACAUAACGUGGAAAAUACCAUACAUCGUAGGAUGGUGUGGCACUGUUGUAGGAGUGAUUACUGUUGUUGUGCUUAUCACGUACACAAAAUAUCAUGCUUCGUAUCACAGUUGUGGAAAGAGACAUCGUCGAAAUCGAAGAGAUGAGAGUGACGUAAUAUUACGUAUGUAACACACGCGCACUUAAGAACAUUAAGAAUAAAAAUACUGAUGAUAAUUGUAAAUAUAAGAAUAGUAAAUCAUAAAAUUUUAUACAUUAAGCGGUCACGAAGCGCUUCUUUAUUUUUUAACUUUCAUUAUACUUUAAAAAAUCGAAUAACGUAUUCUCCCUAUUUGACGCCCUGGGCGUUCAAUAUUCAAGAUUUUAGGGUGGGCGUUUUCUUCUUAUUUUAUUUAAGGUUUUAUUCUUUCUUUCUUUUUAUCUUUUUGUAUCACAUUUACCAAUUUGAAUUUUACUAAGCGGGAACUUGAGUUGCUGCUAGCUAUAACUACCUUCAGCUAAAAAGUGAAAGACGCAACAAAAAUUUAUUCCUGGUAAAUUCAAUUGGGUAGCCAUUUUGCUGAAAAGGUGGUGUAAAGUUUACUGAUCCAAUGAGGUAUUCUGUACACAAUUCAACACCAGCUUUAUUUCUUCCUCACAACAUCGACGUCCAAGCUUACAAUAAAUUUUUGUAACGACAGGUUGUUAGCUGUACUUUUAUGUACACUGAGAUUUAUUUUAUUAUUUAGUUUUAUUAUUGUCUACUUGUAUAGUAUAGUACUUAUAAGGUAUAGUCAGCCAUCAUCCAGUUAUAAAUGCCUAGCUAAAGUGAAAGUACUGCACAUAUUGAAUCUCUACUCACGAUGUACUUAGCUAUUUAUCUGCAUAGCCAAUGUAGCUAGCAAUACGCUACAUGCCUGCUUUUUUAUAAAAAUAUUACAAUUCUAACCAGGCUGGUCAUUAUUCUUAAUUCUCUAUUACAACAAACAAUAGGCCUUUUGUUUUUAAUCCGAAUGCCCAUCAAGAUAUUCUUAUUAAGAAUAUUUUUUCAAAAAAAUUCAUUGCCCACUUCAACGAUUGUUGGUUAGGCAGUUUACCUGUGCAAAGUGCUCAAGCGGUGUACGGUGAUUAGUUGUCAUAAAAUCAAACAAAGUUCGCGCCAAUUUCAAGUCUCAUUAUAGAAACCAGCCCCUUAGAAUGUAUUGCUUACUACUCGCCUCCAACUGGGAAUAUAUUUCAAUGUAAACUAUGGGGGGUUACACUUGCAUAUAACAUGCUUGGGAAUUAUUCAAAGAAUGUAAGUUUAAACCCCCCAUAUAACACGAUCUGGUGACACAAUGAAAUUUAAAACAUAAUAAAACCAUUUAAACAUGCAAAAACAUAAAUAGAGAUAAGGGAGGCUUGAAAUGUUUUUGAGAAAUAUAAAAUAGGAUUCUGGUGGAAAUGAUUAGUUCUUUUGUUCUCAGCUAAGAAAACUUUGAAUACAUUAUUUAAAAUGAUUACGCUUUUUAUAUAACGAACUUUUUAAGUAUAAAAAAUUAAAACAUUUGAAACGGGUUUAUGAAUGUUGAUUGUGGAAGGUAGCAAGGUAUAGAAAAUGAAUAUUUUAUUUAUGCGUGAAGCUGAGAUCGUUAUAAUUAAAAUGCAAAUAAAGGAAAAAUAAACAAUGGAACGUGGAUUUUACCCAAUUUUAUUUGGUACUGGCAUAGCCCUUUUUUUCUAUCUGCUGUGUUUUAGCGAAGACUAUUGGGUAGACGGUUCGAAACCUGUCGACUCGAAAAGCGACAUUUACGUUUCGCAUUACGGACUUUGGCGAAUGUGUUACCAUAACGACGAGUGUUACGACAUUGAUAACAAAUUCAACAAGGAUCUGCCGAGGUGGAUGCGCGGAGUUCAAACAUGUGCAGCGUUAUCUGUUUUGAUUCUGACAGUUGGUUUUGUCAUGGUAGUCGUCCGAAUAAUUUCGUACACACCACGAUUGAUAUACUCUGCUGUGACGCUUUUGAUUGGUCCGUUAUGUAUGCUAAUCGCUCUAUCUGUGUACACUGACUACGAGGGAUCUGAAUUACCAAGUCCGUACAAGUGGGGAUGGGGGUAUAUUAUAUCUUGGAUUAUCACGUGCAUUGCACCUUUUGUAGGUGGCUAUGCGUGUAUAAUGGUGAAAGAUGAAUAGACUGGAGAAUAUUCUUUAAAAGCUGCUUUCUAAUUGCGCUCCCUCUUGUUAGAAUUAGCAUGUGUUUCGAAAAUAAAACAUUUUUAUGCCUAGUUAGUUUAGAUGUCAAUUUUUUGUAUUUUAUUUAACAACAUUUGAAAAACAUAAUUACAGUUAAUUUUUUUACCACACAAAAGCGACUGAAAUGGCUACUUCGCUUAAUUGCAAAGCCAGUUUCUUAUCUUAGUAAUGACAUAAGAAAGAUCACAUUGCAUCAUAGUUAAAACAAAAACAUUUACAGAAUUUAUGUCUGUAAAUUUGCAAUAAAAGUUUAAAUCUAAGAAAUGAUAAUAGCUAAUGGCAAAUACGAUAUGUGAUACUUGGGGUAUCUGAAACCAAAACAAACCUUGAAAGAAGAUUGGACUUAGUAAGCUAGGGUGUUGUUCUCUGGUUUUAUAAGUUAAUAAUUACUGUUACUGGGAAUUAAAUAUACUUGAGCUAUAGAAAGCAUAUUACAAUACUUGUAAAUAUCCAAAUAUACCUCAUUAAGCCGUGCACCACAGCAUUUCACGAGAGUAAAAGCUAAUGAUUUUAUGUUUCCUAUUGCUCGUAAACUAUACUAUAUGUAAAUUUGCUUGCUGCAAAUAGUCGCUGCACAAUGCCAAACAUACAGCUGCUUUAAAAGUAGAAACACACUUUAGAAGCUUAUAAUAUAUGUACUAAAGCUGGAUCUAUUAUUUUCUUCUGUACUUAGGUGGUUUUAAAUCGCAAGUUCUGUCUUUGAUUUACCUCCUUUUGUUUCAACAAAAAAAACUAACAAUACCAUGAACAGUCACCUCUGAGAGACCAAGAAAACCGUCUGAGUUAUCCGCACAUUUUAUAAAUAACUGGCAAAGUGAAUAUAUGAAUAAUAUAUGUACAAUAUGUAAAACAGGCGGGAAACUGACCUGCAGUUCGCGUCAUCGACAAGAACAUCACUGGACAAACAUGGCCAAGUGGCAGCUAGUUGCAAGUCUCUAUAAAAAAGAAGCAAGGUAGUUACAUCUGUUCAAAAGUUAAAAGAGUUUAAUGCUAGAUUAUUAAAGGCAAAAAUAUUUUUACAAAUCAUUGGUCACAAUUUUCUCGUUUCCUAUUCAAGGUUUGCUUUAACGUAAAGAAAAGUGUUAAAAUCAACCCCCUUAGUUCGCAAUUUCGCAAUUUAGUAUUACUAAAAUUGUGGAAUAUUAUUCGAAAACAUUUCAAGAAAAGGAUGUAAAAGCCUUGCUGGACUUGAAAUGUUCUCAAGAUAGGUGAUCUCUUGGGUUCACAUAUUGUCUGCUCUUAUAAAGAAACACUGUGUAUAAUAAUCUUCGUCAUCAUUUCUUGUUAUUCCUUAUUUCAUGUUGCCACCUUGGUAGACUGCUUAUCACAACAAUUUUUCUCUAAACAAGAAUGUCUUAUGUCACCGUCCACGUCUAACAAGCCUAACUCAUUUUCCCAAUACAUUUCUCAAUACGUUUUAUUUCCAAAUACACUUCUUUACUCAAUAUGGUUCAGUUCACUUUCUCGAUACACCAAACCAACGUAACUGGGUUACGCAAAAUACAACAUGUAAGUAAAAGCAAGUCAAAUUUCGCGAACAGUUUCUUACAAAAAAAUUCUGACUUAAUUGAAGUGUGGGACAUCGAGUUUAGUACAAAAAUUCCUGUGUGAUACAAAAUAAAGUUAUCUUUCUAUCUUGUCACGUGUCGUUGCAUAUAUCUGAUGUUUGGCAGAACAACACUUUCUUAUUUCAAAGGAUCAGAAGUUGCGAUAACAAAACAAUCACGAAUUUUUUUCCAAACACAUGAGUAAAUGAAGAGUGCUUGCGUUACUUCAUGUAAAUCGAAUGCAGUUGUAUGUUUUACGAGCUUUAAGCUUCUGUAAUUACCACAACUAAGAGUCGCAUUUCGACAUCCCCAAAAGACCUUCGACCGUUUUAGUACCAGGUCCUUUUUAUUUAUUUAGUAUUAGGUUUUUCAGUGCCUACAAGCCAAUUCACAACCAUUACUUUUCAUCCACCUUGUCAACAAUUCUUAACACCUGAUUUCUAACUUCUUUUUCUCUCUAGUUUUUCGCAAACAAAAAAAAAAAAUAAACAACCACUUUAAAACGUCAAGUCGUAAAGUGUCUUAAGAACAACCCUAAACGUGUUUUCUAAAUAUUUACAACAGGAAGGUAAAAGUGAAUAAAUUUACCCAAAAUGGUUAAACGUUCUACAAGUAGAACAGUUGAAAACAUUCAAAGAAACGUAGCGAUGGACAACAAAAUUAAACAGCAUAAAUGCGCAGAAUGUCAACAAAUUAUUUUUUUUAACUUCCAAAGAGAAUAAAAAAGGUUAAAAGACCUGAAACGGUUAUAAAAACCUAACUUACGAUUAUCAUACAUUUAACAUUUACACAGUCAAUCUACGGACGCAACAAAAAUAUGAAAUGUUGAAGAAAUUCUCACUAGUCUGGAAGAAGUGUUGAGCGAAUAUAGAAAGCACGUGUUUUGAAGUAAACAAAAGAAGUUGUCAUGGAUUUUAAAAUGUAUUCAAAAACAUUUGUUUAACAACAAAACCUCUAUAUGAAAUAUAUACUUUUAGUAAGUUAACGAAGAGAUAGAAUAUCAGAUGAAAGAACAAUCUGAGUAUACAAAAAUAUAAUUUUAUCAUUUAUUUUUCAACAGUAUAAAAAACAUAAUUUAUGUAAAUGAGUUAAACUGACAUAAAAUGAUCUCAUCAUAUAUCAUCAAAGAACUGACCACGCGUCAAAAGACUUUACUAAUACCAUUUCUGCUGAUACUUCUUCUCACUCUUUCAUUUAUAUACACAUAUACAAUGUUCCUCCAUCAAAUACAAAACAUCAACAUUCAACUAACUCAACGAGUGGACAUUUCUAACAGAGACGUAGAAAUUGGCACAACAAUUGAUGUUGAAAGAUCGUUGAUGUAUAACACGUUGACACCAGAUGACUCUUUGAAGGACAAAAACACUCAGUUUGGAAAACCUGCAAAGGACUGUAUAAAUGCUGAGAGAAUCAAGUUAUUUGACAGUUCGCCUGAGAAAGAUUAUAUGAAAACAAGUGUGGAGAUAAAUACGUAUAUCCAAAGAAUAUGUGACCACAAAAUCUUGGACAGUUGCACAGCUAAACUAAAGGGAAGACUACAGGUUAACACCUCUACCGUAUCAAUGAUGCAAUUGAAAAAUAUGGACAGUCUUUCAUCUGUGCAAAAUGGUGGAUGGUGGCAGCCAAAACUUUGCUUAGCAAAGAAAAAUGUUGCAAUCAUUAUCCCAUAUAAAGAUCGAGAAGAACAUCUAGCAAUCUUUCUCAGACAUUUACAUCCAAUCUUGCAGCGUCAAAAGUUACAUUACAGAAUUUUUGCUGUUGAGCAGGAAGACGAAUACAAGUUCAACAGAGGGAAACUUCUCAACGUGGGUUUUCGAGAAGCUUUAAAGUUCUUCCCUUAUGACUGUUUCGUGUUUCACGAUGUUGACCUGUUACCAGAAGAUGACCGAAACACUUACGACUGCAGCUCAUCACCGCAACACUUAUGUGUUGCAUUAGACAAAUUUGAAUACAAAUUGCUGUAUGAUGAAUUAUUCGGAGGGGUGGAGAUGUUUACACAGGAACAUUUCAAAUUGGUCAAUGGCUUUUCAAAUUCAUUUUGGGGCUGGGGUGCUGAGGAUGAUAAUUUAUAUAAAAGACUAACAUGGAAAGGCUUGCAACUAUGGCGACCUUCGACACAAUAUGCAAGAUAUAAAAUGCUAAAGCAUGUUGACAAAGAGGCAAGCGCUGACCCAGAAAGAUUUACUAAACGAGAAGAGUCAUACAAACAUUUUGUCACAGAUGGAUUAGUAAACCUUCAAUACGAUAUCCAAGACAUUCAAGAGCUACCAUUUUACACGCUCAUUAAAGUUAACCUUAGAAAAGAUAAGGAUAAGAUGUUUGGAAUAAAAGACUUUCCAAGUAAUUGAGUUUUAAAUGAAGCACGAUGACUCUAACAAUUACACGAAGAGGAGAACAAACCAACGAAGAAAUAAGCAGAUAUAAUUUGAGACAGGAAAUUAAGAAAAUUGUAGUUUUAUAAACUUAUCUUUAAUUUUUAUUUAUAAACCCGGCUGUUGUUACUAACCAGAAAAUAAACAUUUAAGUGCACAUCUAAAAUCUCCUUGACAAUAUUCAAUGAAGCAAAAAGUAAUCCCAGCUGCUGAGAAACUUGAAUGAUCUAGGUAAACAAAUGACGAAAAUAAAUACCUGAUGGGAUCCUGUAAUGGACCAAAUGGAAGUUUAUCUAACGGAUCAGAUUCUGGUUCAGUAAAAUCUUGACACCAAAGUUCUUCAGGCCAUGUGUUUAUUGUAUACGUAAAUCGGACAGUGAUGGAUAAUGGUGCGGAUAUUUCACAGGCCUAAAAAUUGAACUUAAUGAUUAAAUGCAUAAUGAGGUAAUUUUCAAGCGAACAAAGCACAUUACACAUUAAUUAAAAUGAGAAACAAUAGAUAGACAUACAGGUGGAUAGAUGCUGGUAGAACGAGAAUGAAUGAAUGAAUGAAUGAAUGAAUGAAUGAAUGAAUGAAUGAAUGAAUGAAUGCUUUUUCAUUACAGAAUCUAACGGUAAAAAAGUAACUUACAAGUUUUGCUUGAAAUGUUUCAAUCAUCCCUUGCACAUGAUUACAACUAUGUGGUGUGUAACUGAGUUGAAUCAUUUCAUAAGAUGUACGAAAUCCGCCGCCCAAACACAUUCCAAAAAAAAACAGUCUAUGCUUUUUGUGAACUUGUAUAAACAUUGGAAGUUGACUAAACAAAUUGAUUUACCACAUUGUUAUUGAUAGUAUAUAUUGUGUUAGCUAAUAUGUCAUAAAGGCAAAUGAGUGGACACGUAGAAAGAAAAAGAAUUGUUUCAGCAAAA